CAUACAAAGUACGGAGUGCUCCGUACUUACGAUAGAUCCCCGUAACCCUAUUGUGAAACCGGAUUCGUCACUUGAACCUUUCGAGUCUAAGACCACCCCUCAGCAAGUUACAACUUACAACCGACGUACCAAAACAACCUUCGCUGCCAUCUUUGACUUGCCAAGAUAUUCUUCCGAGUAUAGACGGUUAAAAUACGGAGAAAAGGAAAAGAAAAUAAAUUACUAAAUAUAAAAGGAUGUCUCACCACUGUCACGAUGAGCACUCUCACUCACAUGGCGGAGACGGGGGACAUGACCACGGCGAGCACGACCACUCGGACGACAUCACGCCGGCGCUACAGUUCUCGCUCUACCAGCAUAUUGACUUUGACGGGAUCACGGCGCUCAACGAGGCCGAAUACGGGUCGGCCAAGGCGAUCGUCAAGAAGACGUGGGCGGAGCGGCUGUCUGUGGAGCCGGAGCUGGCGAGCGACGUGGACGAGCAGCUUCUCGUGAACGUGCCAUUCACGGGGCAGGUGAAGCUGCAUUCGAUCCUGAUCCGCACCUCCGACUCGGACUCGGCGCCCAAGACGCUCAAGGUCAUCAUCAACCGGGACGAUGUGGACUUUGGCGUGGCCGAGGAGACGAGCGGAACGCAGGAGUUUGAGCUGAGUCGGACAGGGGAGGUGCAGGAGUUGCCAGUCCGCCGGGCGCGGUUCAACGCGGUCCGCCGGCUGACGCUCUUCUUCCCGGACAACUUCGGCGACGGCGAGGAGGACGUCACGCGGAUCUCGUAUCUCGGUUUCAAGGGGGAGUGGAUGCAGCUUGGCCGGGCACCGGCAAACAUCCUCUACGAGGCGGCGGCGAACCCGGGAGAUCACAAGAUCAAGGGGACGAGCGUGAACCAGAUGGGGAGCGGGAUCGGCGGGCGGGGCCCGGGAGUGUGAUGGGAGGCAUGACACGAAAGAUAGAAGAAAAAGGGUCUUCGUGAUGUCGUUUGUCCAUGGUGAUUGCUUGUUCUUUUAAUUUUUUUUUUUUUCCCUUUGGCAGGAGACAGCUUUACGACUACAUGAAAUCCUCCUCCCAGUUCUCGUCUCGGUUCUGGUUGCUUGCCGCUUCCAUAUUUUCCUCGGUGAAGAGGUCAUCAUAUGCGUGCUCCUUUUGCCACUUCUUCUCCUGGCGCUCCUUGGCGAUGCGGGCCUCCUCUUUUUUCUGA